AUGUCUACGGCCAGUCUACCAACAUAUGCGCCCCCUCCGACCGACUUCGCGCGGACCCCUACGUACUCUGCAGAGCCACAAGCUUAUGAGCAACGGCUCGCGCUCAACCUGCCCACUGCGCGCCCUUCGAGCGACUUCGUCAAGCAGGCCAAGAACGUCGGCUUGAGGCUCUUCGCGCAGGAGAACAACGCCAGCCUGCCGGUGUAUGGGUGCGGGGCAGAUGUCGAAGGCGCGAUUACGCUCGCCAAGACAGAAGGGAUAACUUCGGUUGAGGCCAAGAUUGAAGGCAACUUGAUCCUGCGCGAAGUCGCGGCAGGUGGUACCACGGCGCACAAGCUGUGCCUAUCGAGGGUCACUCUGUGGAGUAAGGACAGUAGCACGGAGCCGUGCCCGCGUUCUCUCAAGUUCUGCCUCACGCUGCCCACGACAUUCAACGACGAGAAAGACACAUACCCUCUCCCCCCGACCCACAACGUCCAUUUGGCUGGCAUGCCAGGAUUCAAUGCGACCAUCGAAUACCGGGUUAGUGCGAUCGUGUCCUACACCAAGGCAGCGACCGUGUUGAGACUGGGCAACGGAACCGUGUCUACUCCGUUUGUCUACCUCCCGCGAUCACGACCGGCUGUUCCGCUUCCUCCGCCAAUGCGACAGGGAAGAAAUUCAUCCAAAUUCAUUGAGGAUGAUGACUGGCGUCUGUCGGAGGCGGUGAUGAAAGCACGGUUGGCGGGAGGAAAAGAUAUUCACUGCCAAUUCUACAUCCCUGCAACACGUGUAUUCAGUGUCACUGAAGCAGUACCGUUCCACGUCAUGUUCCAGUCGUCUGCUUUCUCUCUAGCAGCUUUUUUGCCAUACGGACCUACAGCCUCCAUUCUUGCGCCAAACAAGCAAUUCACACGGGUUCGGGUGCUGCGUCAGUCCAUCGUAGACGUCAGAAAUGAGCUGAUUUCGGGUACCAAAACGGACAUGUGGCGGGUGGACACAAUAGGAGAGGGGGAGUUCAGACAUGCAGGCGAUGGUCCCGAUUGGUUGUGCUUCAGCGGCGAGAUCCGGCUGGACAAGGGCGUGAAGGUCGGGGGGUUCAAGGCCGGUGGUCUGAACAUUAAAGACUUCAUCGAGCUGUCGAUGAUCCCUCCCGAGCCGGCAAGAGCGCCUUUCAGCGAGAUGCGUCUUGUGAUCCCAAUCCGGUUGACGACAGACCCGUGGUCAUCAGACGGCUCGACUGCGCACGCCAUUAUCGACGACUUCUCGACACCGUCCCCUCCGUCGGAGAGGGCAUGA